AUGUCGAUAUUUCAAAAAGUUCCCAAUUUACAUAAAAUGUUUGCUAAGCCUUUAACAGUACAAAAUUCACAAGAUCCUGAAAGCUUUGUCGAAAUCGGAAAACAAACUACUGAAAAUGAGAGUACUCAGGCAACUGAUGGUAAUAUAAUAUUAAAUAAUGAUGACCAUAAUGAAGUUGACGAUCAAUCAAUAAGGCUAGACAAUUGUGGUCUGGAAUUGUUUUCAGUAAUAAACAAUGAUAAAAAUGAGACAGAUUAUAAUAAAUUCUUGGAAAUAAAUAAUCUGGAAAAUCAAGAAAACUUACUGACUAUAUCUCAAUAUGUUUUAGACCCAGAGAUGAUUACCGUUACUAAUGACAACAAUGGGAAUAAAUAUAAUAAACUCAUGGAACAUGAAAAUAUUGUAAAGCCUCAAUCAUGUCAGAAUAUUCCAGAACCAGAAGCAUUAAUAUCUGGCGACGAAAAUGAAAUUAUCCCAGGCAGCACACUUUGGCAAAGGGAUCCUGACUACAUCCAAGAGGAUAAAGAUAGUGAUACAACUGAAGAAGAUGAUAACAUAACUAAUACUGUAACAGAAUAUAACAACACGGAAGUAGAUAGUACAGAAGAAGGUUUCGUUUCCAAUAAUACAAGAAAGAGGAAAAAGAAAACUAAAAAUGGUUGGAAUUACAAUAUUAGAAGAGACAGAAGAGUAUUAGGUCAACGAUGUGACUGCAAAAUUUCAACAAAAAAUACUGCAAUACAAUGUUUUAAAUUAACUGAUCAAGACAGAAGCGAUAUUUUCAACUAUUUUUGGCACUUAGACUGGAAUCAAAGAAAGAUUUACAUCGACAUGCUAGUAAAAAUAUCAAUAACAAAGCGCCAAAGAAAUAGAAAUUUGGAAAACCAGUCAAGAAGGAGUAUGUCAUGGAAAUACUAUUUAAAAAAAACCGAUACAGAAAUAAGAGUGUGUAAAAAUAUGUUUUUGAAUACUUUCUGUAUUGGGGAAAGAUCUGUCAGAACCUGGAAGCAAAGUCUAUCUUUAAAUAAAGAUAAAGAUGGCGAAAACACAAUAGUUAACAGCCACAGACUAGUUCGUAAAGCUGAACAAAACAUUCCAAAAAUGGAAUCACAUUAUUGUAGGGCAAGCUCAUCGGAACUUUAUCUGGAACCCCAAUGGCAUACCAAAUCUGCAUUGUACAAAUUUUAUAAAACACACUGGUGUGACGAAAAGCAGUCUACUCCUGCUUCUAUAGCUACAUUCCACCAUACAUUUGACUCCAUGAAUUUAAGCAUUUUCAAACCAAAAAAGGACCUAUGCGACACAUGCGUCGCACAUGAUGUUGGAAAUUUAAGCAGCGAAAACUAUGAAAAUCACGUACAAAAAAAGAAGGAAGCCAGAGAAGCAAAAGAAUCUGAUAAAACGUCUGACCAUAGGGUAUUUUGCAUGGACUUACAAUCAGUGCUGUUAAGUCCCAAAUCGAAUUAUGACCCACAACACAAUAAUAGAACAAAAAUAUCUCAAAAAGGGCAUACUCAAAUGGAAGCUGAUUCAAUGCAUGUUACCAUUGAGAGAAAGCUUCAUAAUAGAGUAAUUAACGUACCUGCCGAUUAUGUAGGAAUAUGUCUACAUGCACGAGAAAAGCCAAAACCACCAGGGAGAAAACAAGGGGAUCCUGUCGUUACCGAUUUGCGAGCUAUUCAAUAUUCUCCAAGUGGGGAGAUCUGUUAUAAAUUACGACAUCCUGACAAUUAUAAAAAGUUUGAAUUUCGGCAGGUUCAAAAACAAGUACCGGUUGCUUUUUCUGAAUUGCUACCCCUCUAUACUAAGCCCAUUCCUAUAAAGAAACAAAAAUGGGAUCAUCUUCAGAAACUUAAAAGCAGUAUUCCCAAGGACUAUCAUUUAUUUUAUGAUAACCUACAGUUGCAGAUAUGA